AUGGUCGAAGAAGUUGAAAGUCAAUACUUAAGUGAUCAAAAAAAGAUCAUUAGAGAAAGAAUUAUCCCUUGGGAAGGUUUAGCUAGAGCCAAUAUCAUCAAUGAAGACGAAUCCAAUUACAUUAAAAUCUUAGAAAAGCAAAGUAAUGAAAAUAAAUUAUCAACAGUUUCGAGUCAAAUCAAAUUAUAUUCCAAUACUUUAUUGAAUUUAUUGAACAAAUUGGAUAUUAACUCAAGAGAUGAUGUUAUCAAACAUUUAUUGGUAUUAAUCAAUGAUUUAAUCAUAAACUUGCCUGAAUUUUCAGCUCAAUUGAAUGGUUUAAAUGAUACCGAUAGUUUCUUACCUUUUGAACCAUUUUUAAAACAUUUAGAUAACAAUGAUAUUAUUAUCAAGAACUUGAGUUUAUAUAAUGUGGUUUUAUUGAUCAAUGAAUUCCCUCAUAAAGAAAAAUUAGACAGUCAAAUCAUCGUCAAGAUUUAUCUGAAGAUUUUAUCCUUAAUUGAUUCCAAUGAUGUUAAUUUGAAAUUUUUGAAUAUUCAAAUCUUAAACAAGUUGAUCGUCAACAAAACCUUCAAAUCAAUCUUUAUUGAAAACCUUGAAUUCGAUAAUAUCAACCAUUUAAUUGAAACUUCCAAUAAUGAAUCGAUGAAUUCAAAUAACUUACAAUUGAUGUACAACACCUUAUUAACCAUUUGGAUAUUAUCAUUCAGUGCUAAGUUUAAUAAGAAGAUAAUAGUCAAAUAUCCCCAAUUAAUUGGGAAUUUAUUGGUCAUUUCAAAGAAUUCUAUCAAAUUGAAGAUUAUCAGAUUAUCCAUUUCAAUCUUAAAGAACUUUAUUACCAUUUGUGACCAUGAAAUUGAUUCUUUCAAGUUCAUUAAGAUCAUAUUAUUCAAUGAUGGUUUAAAUAUCAUUACAAAUUUGAAGUCUAGAAAGUUUUCAUCAAAUGGUUCAGAUGAAGAAUUAACUAAUGAUUUGAAUGAUGUUAAUGAUAAGUUGAUUGAUAUAGUUAAGAACAAAUUAACUUCAUUUGAUGAAUAUUUAACUGAAUUAGAGAAUCCUAAAUUACUUAAUUGGAAUUCCCCAACUCAUAAGUCCAAUGAAUUCUGGUUAGAAAAUUGUAAUAACUUUAAGAAGGAUAAUUAUAAAUUGAUUUUGAAGAUGUUCGACAUUUUAUCCAAUGAUUCCUCUAAUAUGGGUAAAAUCAUCAUUUUGAAUGACUUACAGUACUUAAUCAAUAACUUGGGUAAUGAAUUGGUCAGUUUUAUUAAUGAAAAUAAGAAAUUCAAGUUAUUGAUUAUGGAGAUGUUGGAUAAUUCAAGUGAUAAUGAGUUGAAGUAUCAAUCAUUGAAGACCAUUCAGUUAUUAGUUGGACAUUAUUAA